CGGGCAUCGGUUUUUGGUUUUUUUUCCUCUGACCUCUAACCCCAAGGCUCUGCCUCCCCCUUACCACCAUCGACGACGACGAACGUUCCCCCUGCGGACCAACCACAGCGAUACUUCAGCUCUUACGCGAAUUCAUCCCACGACGCCUGAACUGACUUUUCUCGUCGCUUCUUCUGUUCUCACCCGACUCCACUCGACAGGGCGCUCGCAGCUGCAUCAGCUACCGACCCUUCCCCGACGAUAACGGCGACGACGACUCUCUUGCAUCGACAAGACGACUCCCUCCCCAUCAAGGCGAACACGUCCCCCACGGGAUCAAGGCGAAACAUCAUCACCAUAACAAUCCGCACCAUCUGACGAACAGUUGUCUCACGAGUACAGCACGUCGCGGAUCGUUGUUUUUGUCAUCACGACUUUUUUUGUCUCUUCGCGGACGUGCCCUGAUAGAGCCAAGAUCACUUCGUCUCCCCCCAAGAAGUGCAUCGAAUCCGACACGCAGGCCGGCUGUCUCGUGCACACCCGCAAGCCUCAACUGCAUCAUUUGUAAAUCGCAGGCGCCCCACGAAUUCUUCACAAUCUUCGGCCAAGUCACUGGCUGGUGAGGAAUAAAAGAUGGCAGACCAACAUGAGAUCGAUCUCGACAACGUGAUCGACCGUCUUCUCGAGGUCCGAGGAAGCAGGCCCGGUAAGCAGGUCCAGCUUCUCGAGUCCGAGAUCCGUUAUCUCUGCACCAAGGCUCGCGAGAUCUUCAUUUCUCAGCCCAUCCUGCUCGAGCUUGAGGCUCCCAUCAAGAUCUGCGGUGAUAUCCACGGACAGUACUACGACCUGCUGCGCCUCUUUGAAUACGGCGGUUUCCCUCCGGAAGCCAACUACCUCUUCCUGGGUGACUACGUUGAUCGUGGCAAGCAAUCGCUUGAGACUAUUUGCCUUCUCCUCGCCUACAAGAUCAAGUAUCCGGAGAACUUCUUCAUCCUCCGUGGCAACCACGAGUGUGCCUCGAUCAACCGCAUCUACGGCUUCUACGAUGAGUGCAAGCGUCGUUACAACAUCAAGCUGUGGAAAACCUUCACCGACUGCUUCAACUGUCUGCCCAUUGCGGCCAUCAUUGACGAGAAGAUUUUCACCAUGCACGGCGGACUCAGCCCGGAUCUGAACUCCAUGGAGCAAAUCCGCCGCGUCAUGCGCCCCACUGACAUUCCUGACUGCGGCCUGCUCUGCGAUCUGUUGUGGUCUGAUCCCGACAAGGAUAUCACCGGCUGGAGCGAAAACGACCGUGGAGUGUCCUUCACGUUUGGUCCCGAUGUUGUGUCCCGAUUCCUGCAAAAGCAUGACAUGGACUUGAUUUGUCGUGCUCACCAGGUCGUCGAGGAUGGAUAUGAGUUCUUCUCCAAGCGCCAACUCGUCACCCUCUUCAGUGCGCCCAAUUACUGCGGAGAGUUUGACAAUGCAGGAGCCAUGAUGAGCGUGGACGAGAGUCUUCUGUGCUCAUUCCAGAUCCUCAAGCCUGCUGAGAAGAAACAAAAGUUUGGCCGUCGUUAAUCGCCUGCAACGCUCGCAUCGAACGUGCCCUGUGACACUCGGAUUGACCGACCAACGCUUCUCUUCAACGACCCAACGCUCCACUGUUCUCCAGCGCACACGUCCUCCGUGCCUAGUGGACCAACUCGUCUCCUCUCCCAUCGGGAUGCUCAUCCUCGCCCUCCCCAAAUAAUCCCGUACCCCAACCGACUGACACGACGAACAUCGCGCGCAACUCUGAUCACGAUCACGGCUGUCUCUAGUAGCUGAAGAUAACCACACAAAAAAAACACUGGAAUUUGACAUGGUCCCGGUCUACGCGCGGCUGAUGUGACUUGCGCAAAGAAAACCAUGCGGAUUUGGGUUGCGGAGUGGUUCCUCAGGUUUAAAUGGUUGCACACCAUCAUCACAGUGUGAAUGUGCAUCUCGCGUUCUAUUGAGAUGUGCGAUGCCGUCUUACAGAAAAUUCUUUCCCAUGAAUGCUCUGUAGCAAGCGGCUCAAUUACACCGCCUUGUGAGAUUGAAUGGCAGCCAAUGACGGAUGGCCUAGUCGAGGAACACACGGUGGGGGGAACAUUGGUUCAGAGCCCACAGGUAGGGUUGCCAGUACCAGCGAUCAUGCGGUCGAUAUUGUACGAUAAAAUGAUGGUCAAUCUGUGGGGUGGGUGACCACAGCAUUCGCAGAUCCCCAAGGUCAAGGUGAUGCCAUGAUGACAGUGCGGUGCAUCCGUCUCUGGGCAUAUGACCACUUGCCACUUUCCUUCUGACUGCCUGUUCUUGUUUCUCCUUCUGUUAAGUUGCUUUUGUUAGUCGUUCUGUUGCCCUAUCGGGAGCAUGGGCUUUUAGUUUCACGAGAUGGAUCCGAUGGUUCAUGAUGUAUUCUACGCGAGAUAGUGUGCCUCAGCUCAUGAUGCGACGAGGGAAUGCCAUACACGGGUUGACCUUUCU